GUGAGAGGAAUGAGACUGAGUUCGCAAAAAGGAGUGCAAGAGAAACAGAACGUUUUCCACUUCCAUCGCAAAAGCGAAGACUCCUCGUAACAACAACAAACUCCAAACCAAAUCGACACUCCAUAAACAGGCAACGAACGUUUGGUGCCUUCGUGCGCGAAUUCCUUCCUAUACGAAGACACAUAGUUGCAUCGCCAACCAUCCCGACACAACAUAAUCAUCAAAGUAGGCUCACCACGAUCAUGGAUUACAUUUAAUUACAACGAGGAUUAAGGGAUUAACAAACUAGGAAAACACACAAAAUCAAGGAAAGUCAGAAACGAUGGAGACUACCCUGAAGAUAAAGUCCAUAUCGCAGCCGGAUCCUCGUGGAGCGUACCCUUCGGAACGAAGAUACUCUGCGUCGAUGGUGAUGGGUCUCUCGAUUGUACAUUUGGUGCUGUCCCUGAUCUCUUUGGUUCUGAUGGCAUUGGCCUUCGUGACGGAAAGCAGAUACAUAUUUGCUCCGGCCAUAUGCGCGUUGGGAUGCACGACUGCAGGAGUUGCAGGAAUCCUGGCGUCACGACGCUGGUACAUCGACCAUCAUAUAAGCGGGUUCUUCUACAUGUCCUUGAUCUCAACAUUGACUUCUGUGGUAGCCAUAACCUGCUCUGUAAAUAUGCUCUUCCCAUGGACGUUGGACCAUUUCCACGCCAACAUUUUCUUCUGCUGCUUGGCCUGCAUCGUUUGGUCUGUGAUUUCCGUCGUCGUCGCCUACAGGGGAAUGAAGAACACCUAUCCAGAUGAUAUUAUCGUGUCGAAAUGUAAAGGCAAGGUCGAGGUGUGCACGAAGCAGAAGGGCAACAAAAAUGCUAAAAUCGUCAUGGAUCAGAGCCAUCCCGACAUUUUGAACCAUUACAAGAAGACUGGAGGCCAUCUGCCUAAAACCGAAAGCUACUCGGAGUAUCUGGAGAGAGUCCACAAGUAUUUAGAUGAUAAACAAUGAAUUUCUGCAUUUUCAUCUGUUACAAAGUGCGUUUGCAAUCUGAUACAUUUAUAAAUAUAAUUCUCAGAUGACCUGUUCUAUUCUAAUGUUCAUUAUUCCCCCUUUUUUUUUAUUCAUUCAAGUCCGGUCCGACGAGUUUCGCAGGAAAUGACCGGAACGAAGUGUCUCCCCUUUUUCGUUCGUUCUUCAUUCGAACAGAACAGAAACCACUUGCAUGUACUUAGAACUACUAGUUCUUGCUCUUUCUUGGAUCAUUGAUCGCAUACGCACUUUGCAACACAAUUUGGCUAAACUACCAAAAUCCUGUUUUACUUGUUUCUAAUCUGUAUCAGAACUUGUACCAAAUAAGAAUUUACGAAUAA